UGACAAAACCACAGAAAAAAGUAUAACUCCGAAUCAAAGAUCGCGAGCGGGACUCAAAUCUACUCUUACGAUUUCCGGUCACAUGCUCCUGCCACUGAGCUAUCGGGGGCUAGACGAGUAUAUGACUAAAUCCAUAUUUAAGUUACACUCUUUUUUUACUGUUCCCUUGCACCACAUGAUUUAUCGUUGACCGGCUAUUACAUGGAAUCGCAAAUUCCAACAAAAAUUAUCAGUUUUUAAUAAAUUUGAAAUUGUAUAGUCAUGAAUCAAACGUAUUAAACAAAAAAAUGAAGCUAAUUUUGGAUCAUUAGGCUACAGUAGUUCAAUUGGUCUGGAGGUCAUAAAAUGGGAGGUUUCAGAGGCCACAACAUGGACUUUGGAAUUCCAGGAUUUGGAUUCGGUAAUUUUAGUAGAAUUUUUCUAUUUGAAGCAGGAUUCAGUUCUUCAGGGACAAAUGCUGGCGCUAGUUCCUUAUCAAGUGGCGGUGAAUUUGGAUUAGAAGGAUUUGUAGGCUCAGGAGCUAGUGUAAAUGCAGGUUCAUUAUCAAACGGUGGUGCUUUGGGCUUAAGUGGCUUAGGAGGUCACUCAGGUGGGCUUAGUUCAUCAGGAUCUAGCGCAAACGCUGGAUUUAAAAUAGGUUUGUAGCUUCUCCAGCUAGUCGCAUCUUGUAGGAACAUAUCGCUUGAUUAGG